AUGUCACACAUACAACAACAAAUAUCUCGACCGCAAACACCCAAUGGUAUUGCCACAACGACAACCGUUACAGCAACUAACCCUAGUAGCGCGUCGUCAUUCACUGGUGAGACGCGUGGUGCAGGCAUAGGUAUGGGUGCUGGUGAACAACGUAAAACAUUCCGAGAACGAACGGUAAAUGGUGGUAUAAAUAGUCGUGAUUUACCUGCUGGACCUCCUGCUGAAAUACUUCGUGAUGUCACUAGUGACUCUUUUUCAACUCAUGCUUACAGUUGGCCAAUCUUGUUCGCUAUAAUACCGCCUAUGGGUGCGCUGGUGUACGGAAAAUCAGAUGUUUGGAGUGACUUUCUUUUAUUACUCUUGAUUGCAUUCUAUCUUUAUAACAUUAUAAAAGUUCCAUGGGAGCUUUAUUACGCAGCAAGAUCCAGACGUGUGAUUAAUGAAAAUACGUUUGCAGGGCAAACCGCAGAUUCUGCUCUGGAAGCUCGUCGACAAAUGGCCGCGCGUGAAUUGCGUCACGCCGAAUUAUAUGCGCUUGGUUUGGUUAUAGCGUCACCAAUGUUGGGUGGAUUUGCAUUGCACUAUGCCAAACAAUAUCUGACAGACUAUGACAAGUAUAUAUCUCACUUCAACAUUGCCUUAUUUGUAUUUGCUGCCGGUAUUCGUCCCUUGAUGCACGUUGCCAGUCUAGCAAAGAAUCGCACACUUCACUUACAAGAACAAGUUCACUAUCCAAAUACCGAAGUAGAACUGUUAAAACGACGAGUACAGCAUCUCGAAUACGAGUUCUCACAAUUACGCCGUGGAUUUGCAACGAAACGUGACAUUGAUCAUGUGCGAAAUGGGAUCGAGCCAACCAUUUCACAGUUGAAUAAAGCUGUGAGAAAGCACGAAAAAAAAGAACAAUAUCUUCGAAAUUAUUCAGAAGAACGAUUUGCUUUUCUCGAAUCAAAGUUACGUGAAUACGAUAGUUUCAUCUCAUAUAAGCUUCAAGAGGAUCAGGCAAUGACCUUGCCACGAAGCAUGAUGCAAGUCAUAUUUCUCCCGUUGAAUGUCACGUUUACGAUACUCGGUUAUGCUAAAUAUUUUUUGCCGUUACCGUUGCGUGGAAGACAAAAACACAUGGUGACUGGAUCAAAUCUUGAAGAUGACAAUUUGAUAAUGAAUCACAUGAAUAAUAAUGAAACGAGUCAACAAGAAAAUUCUGGAUCUGGCCAAGAUUUACAGAAAUAUUAA